AUAUAAGUGGAAUAACCAAGGAUAAAAGAGGAACAAUGAACGAUAUAAGUGGAACAAUAACAGGAGAAACAACAGAAUUAAUUUCUGCAACAUAAAAGAUGGUGUGCAUUCAAACAGGAUUUAACAGUAUGUGCAGGAACUGGAGAUUACGAGGCAUAAAACAAGGAAAUACUGGACUCAAAGAUAUCUUUGGCUGACAGAAGAGUUUGACUCUGGUAGUGCAAAUGACAAAUCACUAUUGCUCAGCUUUGCAACUAGUAGACUAGUGAAGAAAUAAAACCAGAAAGCAUGAACACAUUUGUUUAGUUAUCAAAAUGAACUGGCAUUCAUGGCCGUACAUAUGCUAUAAAAUCAAUAAAACAGGAAAAUAAAAGGACAGAAGAAAUUGUAGUCAUUUAACUGAAAUACGAAACUAAUUUUUGACUUUUAAAAAUGGCGGCGUCCAUGAACACUUCCUGUUUAGAAAUAUUAAAAUUUUUAAAAUGAAUAUACACCUUUUCCAGAUCAUUUAUAACUAAAAAGCUACAGAAUUUAUGUUAAAACAAUUCGCCUUUAGCACAAGGUCAUUUAGGACGGUAAAAGAGAAAGGAAUACCCCUUGCAAUCACAGGAACCUGUAGUUACUGUGCUUGAAAAAUGGAAUUCGUUCUUGGAGGAGUUGCAGCAUGUGGAGCUGGUGUAUUUACAAACCCUUUGGAAGUGGUCAAAACUCGAAUGCAAUUACAAGGGGAAUUAAAAGCGAGGGGCCAAUAUGCAAAACAUUAUAGAAAUGUGUUUCAUGCAUUUUUCGCAAUAGCUAAAAAUGAUGGAAUACUAGCAUUACAAAAAGGAUUAGUUCCGGCACUGUGGUAUCAGUUGUUUAUGAAUGGUUGGCGCCUGGGUGCAUAUCAGUGCUUUGAUAAUUUUGGUUUUACAAAGGAUAAAUCUGGGACUGUGAGCAUUCCAAAAAGUAUUGUAGCUGGUGCAACUGCUGGGGGGAUUGGUGCUGUUGUAGGCAGCCCAGUGUAUAUGAUAAAAACUCACCUGCAAUCCAGGGCAUCCCAGCAAAUUGCAGUAGGACAUCAGCAUGAUUAUUCGAGUAUGUCCAAGGGCAUCAUGGUCAUAUAUAGACAGCAAGGUGUCAAAGGCCUUUGGAGGGGAGUGUCAGGUGCAGUACCCAGGGUUAUGGUUGGCUCAGCAGUCCAACUAACAACUUUCUCAAGAACAAAACAGCUGGUGGCAGAUACUAAAUUGGUGUCUGAGGACAGCUGGUUAGUACCUUUCACUGCUAGUAUGAUGAGUGGAGUCUUUGUGGUGGCCUGUAUGACACCCUUUGACGUUGUCUCAACUCGGCUUUACAAUCAAGGAACUGAUGCUCGUGGCAAGGGACUUACUUACAAAGGAUUCUUUGAUUGUUUUGUGAAAGUGUUCAUGAAGGAAGGUAUAUGGGGAUUCUAUAAAGGAUGGGCAGCAUCUUUAUUUAGACUCGGGCCACACACUGUAUUAAGUUUAUCUAUAUGGACUGAGACACGGAAAAACUAUAAGAAACUCAGUGAGCACACACACUUUCCAGAAGUGUUAAAACUGAAGAAGUAAUACAGUAGACACCUCAGUACUCAUUCUACCUUUUCUAAAUGAACAUUUUUACAGCUCAGGGUUCAAAACUCCCAGCUGCCAACUGCCAAUGGUAAUCGCUAUUCACAUUUCACACUUGCAGUGAUCUCCCCAGUAUUUUUUAUCAGGGGGGUGCAAAAUUCUCAUUUUCAC